CGCUCUGCUCCGCGCCGCUCCGCCGCUCCCGGCGGGGCAGGGCAGGGCAGCCGAGCCAAGCUGAGCCGAGCCGAGCCGCGGCGGCCGCCCAUGUGCCGUGCGCCGCCGGCCUGAUCCCACACACAAAGGCGGGCCGGGAGGCGACGGGCCGCGCCUGGGGAGCGCCGCCCAUGCACCGAGCGCAGCCCCCCGCGGCGGCCCGGCCCCGGGCCAUGAGGGCGGCUUAGCUCCGACACCGCCGCGCUCGGCCCGGCCCGGCCCGGCGCGGCCCGGGGCGGGGGGCAGCCGCGAACCGGCGGUAACGGCGGCGGCGGCGGCGCGGCCCGGUAUGGCAGGAGGUGGCGGCGCCCCCUGGCGGGCGGGCGGGGCGCUGCGGGCGGGCGGGAGACCCCCGCCGUUACUGGUGCUACUGGUGCUGCUGGUGGGAGCGGCGGCGGCGGGCGAGGAAAUCAACGCGGAGGCAUGGCUGCGGCUCUAUGGCUACCUGCCGCAGCCCAGCCGGCAGAUGUCCACCAUGCGCUCGGCUCAGACCCUCUCCUCGGCCCUCGCCGAGAUGCAGAAGUUUUACGGCAUCACCGUCACCGGCGUCCUGGACGAGGAGACCAAGGCGUGGAUGAAACGUCCCCGCUGCGGGGUCCCAGACCAGUUUGGGGCGCGGAUGAAGUCCAACAUGCGGCGGAAGCGGUACGCGCUGACGGGGCGGCGCUGGAGCCAGAGCCAUCUCACCUUCAGCAUCCAAAACUACACGGAGAAGCUGGGUCGGUACCACUCGUACGAGGCCGUCCGCCGAGCUUUCCGGGUGUGGGAGCAAGCCACGCCGCUGGUUUUCCGGGAGGUGCCCUACGAGGACAUCCGGCAGAAGCGGAAGAAGGAGGCCGACAUCAUGGUGCUCUUUGCCUCCGGCUUCCACGGAGACAGCUCCCCUUUCGAUGGCAUCGGGGGGUUUUUGGCUCACGCCUAUUUUCCCGGUCCUGGCAUGGGGGGGGACACGCAUUUCGACUCGGAUGAGCCCUGGACACUGGAGAACACGGAUGUGUCUGGGAACAACCUUUUCUUGGUGGCCGUGCAUGAGCUGGGGCACUCGCUGGGCUUGGAGCACUCCAGCAACCCCAGCGCUAUCAUGGCCCCCUUCUACCAGUGGAUGGACACGGAGAACUUCCAGCUGCCCGAGGAUGACCUCAAGGGCAUCCAGCAGCUGUACGGUACCGUGGACGGGCACCCGCAGCCCACCAAGCCUUUGCCCACCGUGACACCCCGGAGACCUGGCAGGCCAGACCAGAGACCCCCUAAACCACCCCCCCCGGGGAAACCGGAGCGACCCCCCAAACCUGGCAGCCCAGACCGACCUGACCAGUAUGGCCCCGACAUCUGCGACGGGAACUUCGACACAGUGGCGGUGCUGCGUGGGGAGAUGUUUGUGUUCAAGGGCCGGUGGUUCUGGAGGGUCCGGCACAACCGGGUGCUGGACAACUACCCCAUGCCCAUCGGGCACUUCUGGCGGGGCCUCCCCGGGGACAUCGAUGCCGCCUACGAGAGACAUGAUGGGAGGUUCGUCUUCUUUAAAGGUGACCAGUACUGGCUCUUCCGAGAAGCCAACCUGGAGCCCGGGUACCCGCAGCCCCUGGUCACCUACGGACAGGGCAUCCCCUACGACAGCAUCGACACGGCUGUCUGGUGGGAACCCACGGGGCACACCUUCUUCUUCCGUGGGGACAGAUACUGGCGCUUUAACGAGGACACCCGCUCGGUGGACGCUGGGUACCCAAAGCCCAUCUCCGUCUGGGUGGGCAUCCCUCCCUCACCCAAGGGUGCCUUCCUCAGCCCGGACGCCUCCUCCACCUACUUCUACAGAGGCACAAAGUACUGGAAAUUUGACAACGAGCGGCUCAAGACGGAGCCAGGUUAUCCCAAAUCCAUCCUACGGGACUUCAUGGGCUGUCACACGGAGCUGGUCCCGGACCCCCAUCCCCGCUGGCCCGAUGGGGACCGACCUCCCUUCAACCCCGACGGGGACGGGCGGGCCGAAGGCAAGGAGGAGGAAGAGGAGGAGGAGGAGGAGGAGGAAGACGAGGAGGAUUAUGGCGAGGGUGGCCGCCAGCCGGGCGGGGACGUGGACGUGGUGGUGCAGAUCGACGAGUACACGCGUACCAUGAGCGUCGUCAUGGUGCUGGUGCUGCUGGUGCUGCUGCUCUGCAUCCUCGGCCUCAUCUACGUCAUCGUCCAGAUGCAGAGGAAGGGCGCGCCCCGAAUGCUCUUGUACUGCAAGCGCUCCUUGCAGGAGUGGGUCUGACCCCGGCUCCCUCCCCAAACUGCCCCCGCCACCAUGGUGCUAACGAUGGACCUGACCUCCCCCUCCCCUUGCCCCUCCCCCCAGCCUCGGCCCCUCUCGCCCCAUUGUUGCUUGAUGGCUCCAGCCUCAGAAAAGGGGGGAUACCAACCCCCCACCCCCCAGCCCCUCCACCGCAGCCGGGCUGGGACCGGGCGAUGGUCACGGCGGGGGCUGGAGGGCAUCGGGUCCUGCCUGCUCCCCGGCACCUGCCCCUACCCGUGACCCUCAGGUUGCCACCCAUCGCAUUGCACCCGCCUCUGCCAAGGGGUUCCAUCGGGGUCCCUGCAUCCCACGGGAACCCGCUGCGGCUGUGCCUGUUCCGCGUGGGAUGGUGAGCGGGUUGAGGGCCGCUCACAAGUGCUACGAGCUGGCAGGUCUCAGCUGCCGGCACCUGCGAUGGCAGGGAAGCGUGAGGGGAAGGGAGGGCCGAGCUCACGGCCAUGUUUCCUGUUGAACCGUGGGGAUGCAGGGAUGUGGUACCUAAAGAUGG